UAUUGCAUUUCAAAGUCUAAUUUUGCAAUUUUCUACUUUGUUUUUAGGUAAAAAACGCUCUGAAAUUGUAAAUAAAGUAUUUAUAAGCCAAAUUUUGUAAAUUUUUGUCUUGUUUUAACAAAGUUUCUCAAAAUGUUUGAGUUUCUCUGGAGAGCGAUUUCUGACACGGUAUACAUUUCUUUAUGUGUUUUUUAUUUCUUUACUUUUAUAAGUAGUCUUCUGUGGUUUGAAAUGAAAUAGGGAUCAUAGUUUUGCAACAGAUUUUUCAAUAUGUGGUCAUUUUUUCCAUGUUCUUGGUAUCUUGUCUUACUUGAAAUUUUUCUCUGGGAGGCGAGUUCUGACACACCCUGUAUGGUAGCAAAGUAAAAUACAUUUUUGUGUAAAAAAUAAUAAACAAGCGUUUCAAUUGGAAAUUUCUGGCGCCCCAGACAUCAAAAAAACCCAAAGUUCAUACAAUUUUAACCAGGGACUCGCUUUGCGAUAAUACCAAACUGUUAUCACUUGACCCCUGAGGUCACCCCUUUCAAACUUAUAUAAAGCAGCAUCAAAAAGUCACUGAUUCGAAGAUUACACGCAUCACCACCAACAUCUUUAUUUAUUUAUUUAAUUAUGGUACAAGUUUUACAAAGUGACAAUCCUCCAAAUUACUUAACAAUCACCACAGAAAAAACACAAAAUGAACCACGAAAAAUACUCCAAUUCGUCGCCUCAACAUUAGCAACACUAAGUGCUCUUGCAAUGGGAUUGUGUCUCACGUGGACUUCCCCGGCCCUUCCUAUGCUCGAAGAAGCCACAACUUACCCACCAAUUACGAAAAAUCAAGGUGCUUGGAUUGGUUCAUUGCUAACUUUGGGGGCUUUUUGUGGGGCUAUUCCUGCAGGAACUGUAGCCAAUUUUAUAGGACGGAAACGAAGUUUAUUAUUUUUUGCCCUACCUUUAUUUAUCUCGUGGAUGAUUAUAGCCUAUGGGAAUUGUGUUGGGGCUUUAUACGCUGCAAGGUUUCUAGCAGGAUUGGCAAUAGGGGCGAUAAGUGUCGCCGCCCCCAUGUAUGUGACUGAAAUAGCACAUACAUCGAUUAGGGGUACUUUAGGGACUUUUUUUCAAGUACAGAUUACUGUAGGAGUAUUCCUGGGAUAUGUGCUAGGAGGAACAAUUGACUCUUUCCAGUAUUUGGCAUUGGCGUCGUCAGUAUUUCCCAUUGUUUUCGUUUUGGGUUUUGCUUUGAUGCCCGAAACCCCGGCUUUUUUGUACGCCACUGGCCGGACCAACGCAGCUCGUAAAUCACUAAUUUUCUUCCGAGGACGCGAUUACAAUCUCCUCGACGAAGAAUUACAGAAAAUCGCAGAAGAUAUUAAAGAAUCGACAGCAAAUAAGUCGAAAUUAUCGGAUCUUUUCCGAUGUAGAGUAACUUUGAAAGGACUUGUGGUGUCUUUAGGAUUGAUGGCUUUUCAACAAUUGAGUGGAGUCAAUGCAGUGCUUUUUUAUGCUGGAAAUAUUUUCGCCGAAACGGGAAAUUCCAUGUCGGCUGAUACGUGUGCGAUUCUAGUCGGCGCUGUUCAGGUGAUUGCCACUUUACUAUCGACCCUCCUCAUCGACAAAACCGGCCGCAAGAUCCUCCUCUUCGUCUCCUCGUCCAUAAUGUGCGUUUCGCUGCUCGCCCUCGGGGGCUACUUCCAUCUGAAACAGACCCAAGACUUGGCUUUUCUCAGCGCUUUGCCUUUGGUCAGUCUCGCAAUUUUCAUCGUCGUCUUCUCCAUCGGCAUGGGGCCCAUUCCCUGGCUCAUGAUGGGCGAAAUUUUCACAGCUAAAUCACAAGGAGUGGCGACUUCGGUCUCUGCGGCCUUUAAUUGGAUUAUGGCCUUUACGGUCACCAAUCAGUACCAGAAUUUGAACGAUUUGCUCGGUGUUGGGGGCACUUUUAUGGCCUUUGGCGCAGUUUGCGCUUUAGGAGUGGUUUUUAUCGCACUUCUAGUACCGGAAACAAAAGGAAAGGAUAUCGAACAAGUGCAAGAAGCUCUAAUGCGUAAUAAUUGUACCAAAACGAGUCGAGUGUAGCUCUAUUUAUUGUGUUAAUAAAGUUUCGAUGGGUUUAUUUAUCGAA